AUGUAUCAAAGUUCACAAGAGAGAAGUCUCCCACUUCAUUCAAAUAGCUCCGCUCGUAGCUGUAGACUCCAGCACAUCUCUCUACCAUUUCGAUCAAUUGCGGGAAAUUCCUUAACAGUUCCUGACAAGUACUUCAUCAACUGUGGAUCGUCAGACAACAUAACCUCUGCCGAUGGCCGGCGGGUCUUUGUUGGCGACCGAGUUUUCUCUGCUGGAAAAGGCAAAGCUGUCAAAAGCAGCAACUCAUCAACAGACCCUCUCUAUCAAACAGCAAGAGUUUACGAAAAGGCAUCUUCAUAUGAGUUCAAAAUCAAUGAGAACGGUACAUACAUAGUACGCCUCCAUUUCUUUGUCUUCUCUUCAUCUCCUGAUCUGUCUGUUGCUCGGUUCAAUGUUUUGGCUUCUGGGUUUUCACUUUUGUCUAAUUAUAGCAUCCGAAACGUUACUACUUCUCCAAGGAUUGAGGAAUUCUUGCUCACCAUCUCAGAAGGAAAUUUUAAAAUCUACUUCAAACCUUCUCAAGAGCCAUCUUUGGCUUUCGUAAACGCCAUAGAAGUCUUUCUUGCCCCUGACAAAUUCAUCCCCGAUAGCACCACUCCCAUAACUUCUAUAGGAGACAACGUUACCUACAGUGGUUUGAUCUCUCAGGUUCUACAUACAAUCCAUAGGAUCAACGUUGGAGGUGACUAUAUCAACGGUGAUGAUUUAUGGAGGAAUUGGGUGCCAGAUGAUAAUUACUUACUCAGAUCGGCGACUACGAGUAAUACGUCCUAUGGUUCAACGCCUGAAUACAAGACUGGAAACCAGGUGACCAAGUAUUUUGCCCCAGAUGGUGUCUAUUGGACAGCCAAGCAGUUGAAUGCAAAUGAUAGCAGCAAUUCCAAUGUUUCAAAUGCAACUUGGAGUUUUCCCGUCAAUAAUAAUGCAACACACUUUGUUCGGGUACAUUUUUGCGACAUAGUAAGUAUUUAUAGAACACCUAAGGACUUGGAUUUUGUGGUGAAUUUUGGGUUCAAUCUCUAUAUCAAUAGGAACUAUACUAAGAUGAUCAAUCCUUCUAGUAUAACUAAACAGCUGGCUGCUCCAUUCUACUUGGAUUUUGUGGUUGAUUCAGAUGAUUUAGGAUUUAUGAAUUUUAGUAUAGGCCUGCUGGAGGACUCAAGCAUUCGUGAUGGAUUUUUGAAUGGGCUGGAGAUUAUGGAGUUCAUGAAGAAAUCAAGUUCCAUUCCUAAGGAAAGUGGUCUUGUGAAUCAAAAGGUUGACGUAAGUCAUAAGUCAGAAAGUGCUGAAUCAAAGAAGUUCUCCCCCGUAAUAAUUGGUCUUGUAAGCAGUGGGGCAUUUGUCAUUUUGGUAGUGGUGGUGACCACGGAUUUGAAAUGCAGGAAACAAGAGCCUAAUCAAAGUUUAGAGCUUCUUUAUGGAGGGUUUAAUUCUAACAACAGGUUGACUGAAAGAAGUUCUAAUGCAUUCCUUGCUCCUACUCUAAACCUCAGUUUAAGGAUAUCUUUUGCUGAAAUACGGCGUGCAACUGAUAACUUCAAUGCAAAAAAAUUGAUUGGUAAGGGUGGAUUUGGGAAAGUAUACAAAGGAACUCUUCGGAAUGGUAUGAAAGUGGCUGUGAAACGAAGUGAAGCAGGGCAUGGGCAGGGUCUUCAUGAAUUCCAAACAGAGAUUAUGGUGUCAUCUCAAAUCCGCUACCGCCAUUUAGUAUCUUUGAUUGGGUAUUGCGAUGAACGGUCUGAGAUGAUACUGGUAUAUGAAUUCAUGGAAAAGGGUAGUCUGAGAGAUCAUCUCUAUCAUACAGAUGGCAGUUCUCAGAAAUUGUCUUCACUUUCUGAAUUAUCUUGGAUGCUAAGACUUGAAAUUUGCAUUGGUGCAGCAAAGGGCCUAUAUUACCUACAUACUCAAGCAAGAAGAAUCCUACAUCGUGAUGUGAAGUUAACAAACAUUUUGCUUGAUAAAGAUUAUGUGGCAAAAGUUGCAGACUUUGGCCUUUCAAAGUCAGGGCCUCCUGAUCCAGAUCAAUGCACCAUGGCUGUAAAGGGUAGCGUUGGUUAUCUUGAUCCAGAAUACUUCAAUACCGUAAAGUUGACAGAAAAAUCUGAUGUCUACUCCUUUGGAGUUGUACUUUUUGAAGUUCUUUGUGCUAGACCGCCUAUUGACAACGCGCUUCCGAUGGAGGAGGGGUACCUACCUGAAUGGGCAAUGCAGCUGGAUAGGGAAGGCCAACUUGAGAACAUUAUUGAUCCCGUGCUAGUUUGGAAAAUUAAGCCUGGUUCAUUGCGGAAAUUCAGUGAAACUGCCGUGAAGUGUUUGAAGCAAAAUAGUACUGAGAGGCCUAGUAUGCGUGAAGUGGUGUAUGACUUGAUAUAUGCAAAGCAGCUUCAAGAAACUGCAACGUACAAAGAGCAACAUGAAGUCAGCACAACAAAUACUUCAUUUGGGUUGCUGUUGCCUGAUGUUUGGAAUUUUCCUGUUCAGGAAGAUGAUGAAGCACCCAUUGGAGAGGAUGAUGUUUUUGAUACAGCGGCGCCGGGUGAAGUCUAAAUCCAAUUGAGGAUUGAUGGUGCCUAAUUUCAAAAUGUGUAGGAAAAAGACUUCUAUUUUCUCCUUGAUCUCUUGGAGUGUUUUCUCUUGAUGUGUAAAAGUGGCUAGUAAAAUAUAUAUAUCAUGAUUCUUAUUU